AUGACAGAAGAUGAUGAUGACGAAAACGGCGAAUUUCGCCAAUACCUCCCAGCACCACGCCAUAUACCAUGGACCUGGUGGUGUCUACUAAGCGCCGGACUCCUCGUGGUAGCUUCCCUUGCUAUCUGGAAAGUAACAAAUCCACCACCUACAAGUCUCCACGAUUUGACCUUAACAGACGAUAAAAAGUCGUUCCCGUCCGGGCAGUUGACCUGGUCGCAGAAGUUCACUCCAUUGCCUUGUGGCAAGUCUCCAAACGAAGCACUGGCGCGAGGCUGCCACUUCGACAUCGUCGCCACGGCAUGGCUCCCCCCGAAGUGUAUUGACUAUGAAUUGGUGGCCGACUUUAUGGCCUCAUACCCGUGGCAAUACUUUCCGAGUCCGAAUGGCACGGAUCCGUACUCGAAUGAUGCUGAUACGCUGGGAUCUCAGACGGGGCUCAUUUGGACGACCCAUCGCUGGCAUUACGCGCACUGUCUGUAUAUGUGGAAGAAGUUGAAUAGAGCGUUAGUACGAGGGUGGAUGACGGAUGGGGAGACGAUUAAGCUGGGACAUACUGAACAUUGCUCUACGACAAUUUUGAAGAUGAAAGAUCCGGAUGUUAUUGGUACUAUUGUGGAGGUUAUUUACCCACCGUGUUGA